AUGACACCAAAGAAGAACCUCGUAUUCCUCUACGGAGAGUGGAUGCACCCGGGCACCAUAUACCUCCUCAUCCACGGCACCGCAACCCCCCACAAGACCAUCACGUCGCGCUACUACUUCCAGCAGGCCACCUUCUGCGAGAAUCCGCGCGAGCCUCGCGGCUCGAGACAGCGGGGGGCCAGCAUGGACGGCGUCUGCGUCAAGGGCCUCACGGACGCCGAGCUCGCAAAGCUGGACACCUGGCUCCAGAACCUCAGAUGCGUCCGGCGCGUCGUCACGGUCGAGCACAUCUGCCGCCACGGCCUCCUCAACCGGAACAACGCAUUCAUAUGGGUCCCAGCGGCUCCGCAGAUGCUAUCGGCGGAGCCGGCCUCCUUGACGUGGAGCCCGGUUCCCAACACGAGACGGCCCGACGGAAACAAUAACAACAAUAAUGGCAUCAACGGCAUCAACGGCAUCAGCGGCAUCGACCACAGCAGCAGCAUCAACAGUAUCAACAGCAGCAACAGUAGCAACAACAACCACAACAACAACAACAUCAACAACAACAUCAACAACAACAAUAGCCUUAGUAGUAGCAGCAGCAGAAAUAACAACGGCAGCGGCAGCGUCAGUAGCAUCAACAGCAACACAAUGGCACAUCAGCUCAACUCGAGAGCCCUUGCCCAGACGCCCUUCAUGGGGGCCGACAUGGGCAGCGCAAGCUUUGACGGAGCUUCCGACGCUGCCUGA